GGCGAAUCUAUGAAUAAAGAGAAAUAAAGGACCUAUUCACAGAUUCAGACAACAUCGUCGCAUUUUGAUUUUGAAUCGAUUAUUUUACCUACACUCGUGUAUGAGCCAGUCCUCCGGAAUAAGACAACAUCUCCAGGAGUCUCUACGAAAUUCUUCGGCUCUCAAAGGUAUUCACGACGGUCUUUUAGCUCUAUUCUCUAUUGAGAACCUGAUUUUUCCGGUGAAUUUUGAUUAUUGCAAAGUUGGAGAAUUUUUGAGAUUUAGAAGAGAUACUGGCUUAGGAUUCGUAUUCAUGUCGAGCUUAUUACACUGUAGAAAUGUCGUAGAUUGUGCGUUUACUUCUUCCACUGUUCGUCGCAUUGUCAAUUUAGGGUUUUUAGUGGGUAGAAUAAGAACGUUGUGUUCAGUGUCACAAGUGAAAUCAGAGAAUCUCGAAAAGCAAAAACCAUGUUUGGAAUCUUUUACAGUUUCUUAUCUCGUGGAUUCUUGUGGACUGUCUUUGGAAUCUGCUAAAUCGAAUUCCAGAUUCGUCAAAUUGGUUUCGUCCAAGAAACCAGACUCUGUUCUUGCUCUCUUCAAGGACCAUGGCUUCACCAAUGACCAGAUCACCAGUGUCAUCAAAUCCUUUCCUCGUGUUCUGUCACUGAGCCCGGAAGAUGUAAUCUCGCCCAAGCUCAUGUUUUUCAGUUCUAUCGGGUUUUCGACCUCGGAUACUGCGAAAAUGAUCUCUUCUUCCCCGAAAAUGCUAUCAUAUAGCUUGCACAAAAGAUUGAUCCCUUGCUAUGAUUCCCUCAAGAGCAUACUCGUUGAGGAAGAAAGUGUUGUCAAGUGUCUCAAGCGUGGAAUCAGAUGUUUCUCAUUGAAGAUUACACAUUGUGUGUCUCUUCGUGUCUCCAUUUGUAGAGAGCUUGGAGUUCCUGACAAAAGCAUCAAGUGGUUGGUUCAAGCGUCUCCAUUCACUUUUUUCUCUCGUGAGAGAAGAUUCAACGAGGUCUUAAACAGAGUUUGCAGCUACGGUUUUGACCCGAAAAAGGCGGGUUUUGUUCACGCUAUGGUAGCCUUUGAUUGCACGAGUGAAUCAGCAAUGGAGCGGAAAUUUAAGUUGUUCCAAUGUUUUGGUUGGUCUAAAGAAGAUUUCGUCGCAGCGAUCAUGAGAUUCCCAAACUGUGUGACGGUUUCAGAUGAGAAGAUAAUGUACACAUUGGAGUACCUUGUAAACAACAUUGGUCUGCAAGCUCGUGACAUUGUUGCAAGACCGGUGGUGUUAUCUCUGAGCAUGGAGAAGAGAAUCAAACCGAGGAACCAGGUCAUCUCUUUGCUUCUCUCCAAAGGACUUGUGAAGAAGGAAGACAUCAACUAUUUCACUAUACUAAAGCUGAAAAGCUCCGAGUUCAUGGAUAAGUUUGUGCUGAAAUAUCAGGAUGAGAUGCCACAACUUGUACAACCCUUUACAAGUAAUCGAUGAGUUUGUUCUAUUAGAGAAGUGAGAACACACUCUUGGUUGCGGCUGAACCUUGCCGACUCCGAUCAUGUUUUGAUGAAUUUUGUGACAUUUAAUUUGACAUCAUAAAAUGAUUUAGCUGAUUCUGUUUAUGGUUAUGGUAAUUUUGUUGAUUCUGUUUAUUUUGUACAAAGAAAUAUCUAUGAUGAUGA